AUGAAGAAAAUUGAACGACGGAGUGAUCGAGAGACCACAUUCUCUCUUCUCCGACUCUCAAGGGGACUUUAUACGGCGGCUCUCGAGGGGAGCAAAAGUGAUCAGUGGCAGCUCAGCUCGCUCAAUCCCGCCUCCAAAUCUCGCAGCGGUUUUCAAGACGUCUCUGCGAAUUCAAACCCUGCCGGAAAUUAUGGAUUAAAGACCGGCGAACAGGAUUUCCCGGAGAAGAAUUGUCCAUAUGGAGUUGGUCUCUCCUUGAUCCUCACAUCAAACACUCAGAAGAAUCCAGGCCGAAGAUUCUACAAAUGCCCCAUUGGAGAGGUGGUUUCUUCAAAUGGUGCAACGUUGUUUCAGUCAGCUCUCCUACAACGUAUAUUGAGCAUCUGUCUUUCAUGGGAGACGUAGUCCAAACAAGCAGAUUUGCUUUGUUACCUUAAAAACUUGAGAGUGAUGUUAUGAUAGAUUCAUAGCAAAAAUCAUAACUUUAAAUUUUUAUAGUUGCAUAAUAAUUUGUAUGUUUCAAAUUUCUUUAAAUGCAAUAUAUUUAAGUUUUAUUAAUUAUAUUUUGUUUACAAUAAAAUAAUUUAAUAAUAUAAGUUUUUUUUUAAGAAA